CUCCAUUUAGUCUGGAAGCAGACUCCAUCAACGAUUCGACGCACAACUAAUAUCGAUGCAUCAGGCUCUACUUGUUCCCGAAAUCCUCUUGGACAUAUUCGCGCAUGUGAAUGAAAGUGCGAACCUACCAUCUGAUGAUGAUAAUUGCGAGAGAUUACUAUCUCAACAAUCUCUCGCAUCGCUUGCAACGACAUGCAAAACCUUCCAUGAGCCUGCGAUGGAUUUACUGUGGGCUAACAUAGAGGAGUUAGAACCAUUGCUAGGCUGUGUAACGAGGCUACAUCCAAUGAUAUAUAGUAGUGACGCAGAGCCCUCCUGGUCUGAAGGCGCCGAACCAUUAUCCGAGGACGAAGCUCGUCAAUUCUUGCGUCAUGCCACCCGCGUCCGCUCAAUCGAUAUAGCGUCUGACAGAAAUUUUCACCUCUUCACAGUCUUCCCCACCGAGACGUGCAUGUUCCCGAGAUUGCAGUCAUUAUUAUGGCAGGUCGAGGCUCCCAAUAACAUAUAUCUGCACCUCUUCCUGUCCGACACGCUACUUUUUAUCUAUCUAUCAGCAAUCCACCCAGCUUCGAAUUCCAUCGGGACCCGUUGUGAUUCUUUGGAGGCCUUGACCAUCGGUGAUGCGGCUGAGGAUCUCACAGCAGACGAGUCGUUCUUGCUGGCCGACACUGUCCGUUCAUGCACGCAGCUGACACAUCUGGGUUGUCCACCGCUCGAAUGGGAAGCAUGGAACCACCUCUCCAACCUCCCCACCCUCAUCAAAUUGGAGAUUGGUAGCGGAUGCUGGCCAUUAGACCGACAUGAUCUCAAAUUCUCACCUUUCCUCAAUGUCACCAUCCUCAAUUUCUAUGUACACACGGCUUCAUACACUAUCACAGCCUUGCAACGCUCAGAAUUCCCCUCCCUACUGCAGUUCGAGAUGCACGUCCAUGUCAUGCCUUUGGCACAGGCUGAGCAGCUUUUUAGUGCACUGUCACGAUGCAAUACAUGCCACACACUUGAACACAUCGUCAUCUUCUCCUUUGAUCCAGACGGUGACUCGGAUGAAGAGCCCUUUGGUAACUCUUUGACAGCAAUCACACAAUUCCUUCAUUUUACGCAGCUGCGAACCCUAGGCCUCGUUUUUGAAAAUUACCCCGUCUACCUUGACAACGACCUUCUUCUAGAAGCCAUGUCAAGUUGGCCGCACAUUCGCUACAUGACUUUAGCAAACCACCAGCUUCGUCCACCUACCAUUACAUUCCGCGCAUUAUUCGACGGACUCCAGCUAUGUCCCCACUUAGAUUCCCUGCAAUUACACAUCGAUGCUGUAAAUAUCGAUAUCGAUCCUGAAACCGAGUCAUUUCAGCAUACGUCUCUACAGAAAUUCAACGUGGGCUUCUCUAACGUAGAAGAUGUUGAAGCUAUCGCUCGCCUCAUUUUCUCCAUGCUCCCUGGCGUCGAACAAGUUAAACACGGGAACGAGGACGAUUGGAUCAAGGUUAACGAACACCUCAAAUAUUUGAAAUCUUCUGCGGUCCCUGGCCUUCAUAUUACUCCGGAACCAGCCCCGGCCACCUGAAUCCGGGAUUUAUCUAUGUGCCGGGGCAAUUAUCCUGUAGUUGUCAUUGUCGCUUUCGUUCAUUAUGGUUGUAAUUAUUCUCUCCCCUCUGACGUGGUUUUCUUGUGCUAUCAUAUCCUAGGAAUGUUUAAUGUCACCCGAUCAAACGAUUAUCGUGUAUCUAGGGCUACGCCGCUCGCAGUUGCAUAUGCUGGUAUCUCCUGACAUAAUAUCUGACACGGAAAUCAAUACUCAUUUAUCACGAUUUCAAUACAGAGUUUUGAAACUCGAUUAAUAUUGUAGUCCUUAUGCUGAGUCUCCAGAAACCGACUAUCGAGGAGCUCCUUGAUGACGACCCCCGUUGUGAUACCCUGGUGUACCUGCGUCCAAUAUCACCCUUAAUUCAAUGACUCUAUCGU